AAGCCUCCGAGCAACAAAGACCCCUCUAAUCCCUCUCUUUCCCUCCCUCUUUGCAAUUCUAGUUUGAAGUAGCGAAGAGAGGCAAUGGCGGUCGCGACGCCCUCGGCAUUCUCCCUCCUCGCAUCAGUGGUCAUCGGUUUGUGCCUCCGAGUCGCUUAUGCUGACUAUGGCGGGUGGCAAAACGCUCACGCCACCUUCUACGGGGGUGGUGAUGCGUCCGGCACGAUGGGCGGUGCUUGUGGGUAUGGCAACUUGUAUAGCCAAGGCUACGGGACCAACACUGCGGCCCUCAGCACCGCUCUGUUCAACGACGGCCUGAGCUGCGGGUCCUGCUACGAGAUGAAGUGCAACGACGACCCGCAGUGGUGCCUCCCCGGGACCAUCACCGUCACCGCCACCAACUUCUGCCCCCCGAACAAUGCCCUCGCCAACAACAACGGUGGCUGGUGCAACCCCCCGCUCCAGCACUUCGAUAUGGCCGAGCCCGCAUUCCUCCAGAUCGCCCAGUACCGAGCCGGGAUCGUCCCCAUUUCCUUCAGACGGGUCCCAUGUGCGAAGAAAGGAGGCGUAAGGUUCACGAUCAACGGCCACUCCUACUUCAAUCUGGUGCUGAUCUCGAACGUGGCCGGAGCGGGAGACGUGCGCUCGGUGUCGAUCAAGGGCUCGAAGACCGGGUGGCAAACCAUGUCCAGGAACUGGGGCCAGAACUGGCAGAGCAAUUCCUACCUCGACGGCCAGUCCCUCUCCUUCCAAGUCACCACCAGCGACGGCAAGACCAUCACCAGCAACAACGUCGUGCCCUCCAACUGGCAAUUCGGCCAGACUUUUGAAGGGGGCCAAUUCUGAAAAACCAAGAACCUUGGUAUCCAAAAUGGGAAGUUGGGUGGAACGGAGCAGGGUUAGGAGAAAGGAAA